AAUAAUAUAAAUUAUACAUUAUAUAUUAAUAUAAAACGUGAUUUGUCUUGCAACUCCACAAGACGUUUUUUUUUUAUCUAGCUUGUCCUGUAAAAUGGAUAAAUCAUAUCUGGGGGAAAUAUAAACACCUUAUGUACGUCAUGGUUACCUGAAAUGCGAAAUCCUUGAUCAACUUAUUAUAAUAUACAAAAUUCAAAUAUGCCCUUUAGAUUCAGUUCCACAUUAACGUCAAACUGUCUGAGGACUGAGUUUCAUUUCUCCAAAUGAACCUCAACUGCCUCCCUCAUGACAAGAACGGAGGAGGUGCAGGAAAAAAAAAAAAAUGAGUCGGAAAAUGGAAAGGAAAUGGUGUGGUUUGUGAAACCUGCUUUGGAGCUGCGCAUUUCAAAAUUUCAGAUAGUUGAGGUUCGCAAUUAUGUGAUAAGGGAGGGGAACAAAUAUACACGCAGAUUGUGUGAGAACUUGCGAGGUGUGUCUUGGUUUGAUAUGCACGAGGAAGUCUGCGUUGCCCGCUCAGAGAAAUAAGCUGCUGCUCAACUGUUUGAAACCAUUAGUGAAUAGUUUGUUGCAAUGUGUAAGACGACGUUUUCAGGAGGAAAUACCAUACGCAUUCUUUGGAGUCGUUGAAAUCAUUUUAAAGAGAGACGUUCCUGAAGAUUUACAGAAUAACACCACUUUGGGUUCGGUCACUCCAUACAUGGAAGAAAUUCGAUGCAAUUAAGUCUCUUCAUCAAUCUGUGAUAAUGUCUACACAAGUCAACUGCACCAACCUGUACUCCCACUAUCUAGUGGCACGUGUGUUCAUGCCACUGGCCUACUCCAUCAUCUGUCCACUGGGGCUGCUGGGCAACGCUCUGGCACUGCAUGUCACCUACACCAAGCUGACCAAACUCAACUCCAGCACAGUGUACUCUGCCAACCUGGCAGUGUCGGACUUGCUCUUCUGCCUGGUGCUGCCAUUGCGGGCCAUGUACUACGCCUUGGGCUUCCACUGGCCUCUGGGAGAGGGACUAUGCAAGGCCACAGCCUUGCUCUUCUACCUCAAUUGCUAUGCAGGUGUUAAUUUUAUGACCUGUCUUGCUGUGGAUCGCUUUGUUUCCGUAGCACUGCGGCCGAGGUUUGUGUGGCUCCGGAAAAUGCGGAACGUGAAGGUCAUUUGCGUGUUAAUGUGGGUGCUGGUGUUGGCGCAGACGCUGCCAUUACUGACCAUGCCCAUGACUCAUACGGAGCAGGAUGGCAAAAUUACUUGCAUGGAGUACCCUAAUUUCGAGCGCACUGUCCAAGGCUUGCCUUACAUUCUGAUUGGAGCUGUGGUUUUGGGCUACGGGAUUCCGUUGGGGACGAUCCUCUUCUGUUACUCGGCGCUCUCACACAGACUGCGGCAGGCUGCCAAGUCCAACCGUUUGACCGAGCGCUCUGGAAGGACGCAUAAGGCACGGUCAGUGAUCGCUGGCGUGGUGCUGGUGUUUGUCGUGUGUUUCAGCCCGUACCACGUGGACCUGCUGCAAUAUGUGAUUCGGAAGCUCGUGUCGGAGCCGAACUGCGAAGAGCAGCACUCUUUCCAAAUCUCCCUGCACAUCACUGUGUGCCUCAUGAACUUCAACGCGUGCCUUGACCCAUUUGUUUACUUCUUCGCGUGCAAUGGCUACAAGAAGAAAGUGCUGAACCUGCUGAAGCGCAGGGUCAGCCCGUCGCUCUCCAGUGCAGCACCCAGUUCACCCGAGAGCUCAGGAGCUCAUGAACAAGUAUCCCACCACAACAGACAUCUGAUUCUGAACACCCUCAAGAACAGCUCCUGAACCUCAAAACCCCUCAUGGCAGCCCUCAGACAGGAUCUAUUUUCUGGAGGUACAUCUAGACCAAUUUGCACUGGACAAGAGAUUUCUCAAUACAGAGCUGGCAGAGUUUACAUGAAGAGUUUCAUCACACCAAAACAAGUACUCAUACAUACAUUUCAUAUCUUCAAGGAAAACCUUAACCUUUGUUAUAACUACUUGUUGUAGUGCUUGUGUCUGUUCAAGGUGUCUUAAUUAAUUUGAUACAUUCCCAAUUUGUGCUGUCCCAUUGGGGGAAAAGUUACCCGUAGAACAGAGGCUUUCCUUUGAGAUAAGGGAUCUAGUAGAACCCCUUUAGGAAGGCAGAACCCUUGACGGAAAAUAUAAACGUUUUUGAACAUCAUCGAUAUUUUAUUGUUUGGAAAAUCUAGUCAGUCAACACUUGGUUCAAGGUUAGUACGAGUUUGACGUAAUAGAAAAAGAUCACUUCCUGAAGUGUCGCCGUAGUAGAAAAACAAAAACAAACAAACAAACACAAAAUCUCUUUCCCAACACGUCAAUUCACACGGUACUUAUUCACUUAUCUGAGGUUCUACCGGUCCUUUUAUAGGAUCUACACAAUCUUUUCAGAGUUUUUAAGGGAAUGAGAAUCUACCUGACAUGACUGGUUGGAGUGGGUUUAAAAUUCAUACAGAUACUAUGCUACUAACUACAUUACCAUGCUUCCGGAUAUAAAAACGAUCCUCUCCGAAUAGGGCUUGGGAUGGAUUACUUCCAUGGAGUGCAUGCGCAAGGAGAAAACCAGGAGAGUGAGGGGAACCGCUUAAUAUGGAUAGAAUAUUGAAAUGGUAGAGCAGAAUAUCAACGCAGAUAUUUCUAUUAUAUUAAGACUACAGGAAUUGUGGUACAGAUCAAUAUACAUAUAUCAGAUGUAUAGACGGUAUGUAUAGAAUAUGCAUACAAUGUGUGUAUGUAUAAAAUAUAAAAGUGUCCAAGCAGUAAAUGGCAAUGAAUAAAUUGUGUGUGUGUAUAUAUGUAUAUAUAUAUAUAUAUAUAUAUAUAUAUAUAUAUAUAUAUAUAUAUAUAUAUAUUUUCCUUUUCCCUUAAAUGGGACUGCAUUCAUCAAACAAAUGUAAAGAGUAUUCUAUUUCUCAUGAGACGUGGAUUUUAUACUGUAGUUUACUGCUUGAAAAAUACCUGAACACACCUUGCAGGCUGUUCUGCUUAAAUACGAGUCCAGUUUUUGUGCCCGGGAUACACUUUCAAAUGUGAAAUGAGUGAAUGUCUCGAGGAAAUAUAAUCAUCUCGUGAUAAGAAAGAGUCGAUAAAAGAUAGCAUUUUGGGGACAGGACUGUCAAAACGCACGUCCUUCAACUCCAUAUUUGUUCUCAGACCCGAAUGAGCUGAAAGUUAAAGACACAGCUAUUGGGGAGAUGCAUGUUCCUAUACAGAUAUCUAGAGGACAUUCAUGUUGUAACGCUGUGUAAUCUGUGCAUCUCAAUGACACCAGUGAGUCAGAGAGUACGGCAAAAAGUCCCACUGCUUUUUAGACAACAUAUAAGCCAGGAAUUAAUGACGAACCCCACGGUUUUAGUACAACACAGUGUAGCAAAUGUGUGGUUGUAUACAAGAAAAUGUCGAUUUCUUAAGAUACCUUGCAAAAGCACACAGAACUAUUUCGCAACCUUAAUGCAAGAACGUUAUUAAAUAGUUAUAUAAUCAGUAAAGCUAAUUAUAAUAAUUAGUCACCUAUUACGGUUUUGAAACGUGCCUAAAUUGGUUUUAAAAUUUUUGUCUCAUACGACAGAUUUACAUGCAUCCGAGGUCAAAAAACAAUUUAACGCACUCAUAAUUUAAAUUGCAGCAUUACCUUUUUUCCCCCCAGUGUCACAGACGACUCGUUCAAUGAUCCGUUCUAUAUGAUUCGUUCUAAACUCCUCCUUUCAGAGAGCAUACUCUGCUCCGAUUGGUCAGAUGUCCAAGUCUGUUGUGAUUGUUCUAACGCUGUCAGCGUGUGUUUAAAAGGAAACGCCCACUACCAUUACGAGUAUCGGCUUGAUGAAGAUCAGAGGCGGGGCUUUGUGUUACAAAUCUACGUAGGUUUGUACAGGGAGUAAGUCUGGAAUCACUAGCGAUUCGUUUCAACUUUUCAGAAUCGGUUCCUUCUUUUGGGAGUCGAUAACUCCGUUUGUCGUGCGCUUUAAUUUUCGAAACUUUGCAGACGCUUUUACAUUCACAAACAGCUCUAUAAAGCACCACAGGAAUGGUAAUAUUUGAAAAACCAUAAUAGGUGCACUUUAAUUUAUUAUUAUAAUUUUUUUUUUUAAUUAUUUAAAGAAAACGUAUAAAAUGUUAUUAAACAAUUUGUUUAAAUGAGUGAUUUUCUUUUAGCAAUAAGGAAGAAAAAAAAUCCAAAGCCAAACAAAAUCUGAACCUCCAACCCUGAGACAAACACCCUACCCCACUGCAGCAUUAGGUGGUGGUAAUUGGACACUUUCAAAUAAAUACUAGAAACUUCCGCACUACAGAAAAGUGUUAUCACAUAUUGGUAAAUGUUCACACAGAUGUAGAACCUAACAGAAACACAUACGGCGUUUUUCCAGUGCACAGUGCAGUACGGCUCGGCUCGACUCACUUUUUGGGGGUUUUCCACUGUGGAUAGUGCCUGGUACCUGGUACCUUUUUUUAGUACCACUUCGGUCGAGGUUCCGAGCGAGCCGAGCCGACACUAACUGUGAGCCACGCACUGAUGGAGUAGGAAUUCUCCUUAACGAGUGGUUCUGUAUUGUGCCUGAAUAAAUGUGUGUCAUUUAAUACA